AUGCUACCGUUCGCUCCCCCGGAGGAGCCCUGGGACCAAGAAAUGGAGGUGUUCGGCAGCGGCGAAGCGAGCAGUGGCGAGGUGAAUGGCCUUAAAAUUGUUGAUGAGCCAAUGGAAGAGGGAGAUGCAGAAUCUUGCUUUAAUGAAGAUGUUAAGGAAAUCCCUAUCACACAUCAUGUUAAAGAAGGAUACGAGAAAGCAGAUCCUGCACAGUUUGAGUUGCUCAAGGUUCUUGGUCAGGGGUCAUUUGGAAAGGUUUUUCUUGUUAGAAAGAAGACUGGUCCUGAUGCUGGGCAGCUCUAUGCAAUGAAGGUGUUAAAGAAAGCUUCAUUAAAAGUUCGAGACCGAGUUCGGACAAAGAUGGAGAGAGAUAUUCUGGUGGAAGUAAAUCAUCCAUUUAUUGUGAAGUUGCACUAUGCCUUUCAGACUGAAGGAAAGCUGUACUUAAUACUGGAUUUUCUCAGGGGAGGAGAUGUCUUCACAAGAUUAUCCAAAGAGGUUCUCUUUACAGAGGAAGAUGUGAAAUUCUACCUUGCAGAAUUGGCCCUUGCUUUGGAUCAUCUGCAUCGAUUAGGCAUUGUGUAUAGGGAUCUGAAGCCAGAAAACAUCCUGCUUGAUGAAAUAGGACAUAUCAAGUUAACAGAUUUUGGACUCAGCAAGGAGUCAGUAGAUCAAGAAAAGAAGGCCUACUCCUUUUGUGGUACAGUGGAAUAUAUGGCUCCGGAAGUGGUUAAUAGGAGAGGCCAUUCACAGAGUGCUGAUUGGUGGUCCUACGGCGUACUUAUGUUUGAAAUGCUUACUGGUACUUUGCCAUUUCAAGGUAAAGACAGAAAUGAGACCAUGAAUAUGAUUCUAAAAGCAAAACUUGGAAUGCCUCAGUUUCUUAGUGCUGAAGCCCAAAGUCUUUUAAGGAUGUUAUUCAAAAGGAAUCCAGCAAAUAGAUUGGGGUCAGAAGGAGUUGAAGAAAUCAAAAAACAUCUCUUUUUUGCAAAUAUUGACUGGAAUAAAUUAUACAAAAGAGAGGUUCAACCUCCUUUUAGACCUGCUUCUGGAAAACCAGAUGAUACUUUCUGUUUUGAUCCUGAAUUUACUGCAAAAACCCCUAAAGAUUCUCCUGGUUUGCCAGCCAGCGCAAAUGCUCAUCAGCUUUUCAAAGGAUUCAGCUUUGUUGCAACUUCUAUUGCAGAAGAAUAUAAAAUCACUCCUGUUACAAGUGCAAAUGCAUUACCAAUCAUUCAGAUCAAUGGGAACGCUGCUCAAUUUAGUGAAGUUUAUGAAUUGAAGGAGGAUAUUGGCGUUGGCUCCUAUUCUGUGUGUAAGAGGUGCAUACAUUCAGUUACCAACAUGGAAUUUGCAGUGAAGAUCAUUGACAAAAAUAAGCGAGACCCCUCAGAAGAAAUUGAAAUUUUGAUGCGUUAUGGACAGCACCCCAACAUUAUCACUUUAAAGGAUGUCUUUGAUGAUGGGAAAUAUGUUUACCUUGUUACGGAUUUGAUGAAAGGAGGGGAGCUACUGGACCGUAUUCUCAAAAAGAAAUGUUUCUCAGAACAGGAAGCUAGUGAUGUACUGUACGUAAUAACUAAGACAGUUGACUAUCUUCAUUGUCAAGGAGUUGUUCAUCGUGAUCUUAAACCUAGUAAUAUUUUAUACAUGGAUGAAUCUGCCAAUGCACAGUCAAUUAAGAUUUGUGAUUUUGGAUUUGCAAAGCAACUUCGAGGAGAAAAUGGACUUCUGUUAACGCCUUGCUACACUGCAAACUUUGUUGCACCUGAGGUUCUUAUGCAGCAGGGAUAUGAUGCUGCUUGUGAUAUUUGGAGCUUAGGAGUCCUUUUUUAUACUAUGCUGGCUGGGUACACUCCGUUUUCCAAUGGCCCCAAUGAUACUCCUGAAGAAAUACUCCUGCGUAUUGGCAAUGGAAAGUUCUCUCUGAGUGGUGGAAACUGGGACAAUAUUUCAGAUGGAGCAAAGGAUUUGCUUUCUCAUAUGCUUCAUGUGGACCCUCAUCAGCGAUAUACUACUGAACAAAUAUUAAAGCAUUCUUGGAUAACCCACAGAGACCAGUUACCGAAUGAUCAGCCAAAGAGAAAUGAUGCACCACACGUUGUUACGGGAGCAGUGGUUGCAACAUACUCCGCCUUGACUCCUAAGACUUUCCAACCAAUCCUAGAGCCUGUUGCUGCUUCGAGUUUAGCUCAACGACGUAGCAUGAAAAAGCGAACAUCCACUGGCUUGUAAAAUUUGUGGUGUUCCUGAGCUCACUGGAUGAAGACAAAAUUAAAUGUGUGGAGUGGUGGCUUUAUCUAAUCUUGUAUCAAAGGCAAUUUUUUCUGCUAAAUUACUUGAAUAUUCUAUCUAAACCUCUCUUUUUGGGGGGUGAAAUUUAAAAAGAACAUACAUAGGUCCAUAAUAUUCAUACUACGUUGUUUUGCAGUAGUGUCCAAAUGUUUAAAUAUAUAAUUUGAUGUCCACAAGGUCUUCACAACUUCCCUGCACAUAAACUUCCAAAAUUCCUUUCAAAUAAAGUUACUCCUAGUUUUUCUUAUUUUACAGGAAGAAAAAUGUUUUAAGGAAUCAUUAAAACUAAUCAAGAUGCUUAUAAUAUGUUAUAAUGUUAAGCAAUGUCAGUAUUUUUAACAUCAUAUCCUGAGGAAUAAGUUUUUACAUAAAAGAAAAACAGAAAAGUAUUCUAGAAUCUAGUUGUGCACAGCCAAAGGACCCCAUUCAAUUGAGACUCUUUAGUUACUAAGAUGUAGUCGUAGUAAUUUGAUGCCAGAGCAAAAUUAAUUCGUGCUAAUAAAUGAACUCCUGAAAUGGUUGGUGCCAAAGUUUUGUUAGAAAUCACUAAUAAUGUGUGCAGACAGAUUUGUAUAUUAUCCAUAAGUGGCUUCAUCUAGAGAAAAUUCACAUAAGGCUUCUAACAUUUUGCAUCUAAUGGAAUUGUAGUACAGGUCAAGAAUUUUUUAUCCAAAGGUUUUAUGUUGGUGUUGUAAUAUUCUAAAUAGGUCAU